AUGGCUCCUCAAACUCGUUCUCGGGCGGUCCGGCCACCUAAGAAAGGUGCAGCCACGGCGAAGGGCAAUAAGUAUUUUGAAUACUUCCUCAAGGGCAAGCAGCAGGGAGCGUGGGUCAGCGCAAACGAGUUCCCAACGCAAAUGCCCCCCAACCCCCCCGUCCCACCGGCCCAGAGCCUAGCAGAGGCCUAUCACUAUCGCGUCCCUACCAUGAACGUCCGCCAGGAAUGGCCCACCCGCCACGGCCUCACGACUGGUGCCAUUCCCCCUCGAGACGCAGCGAGAUUAGCAGCGGAGUUCCCGGGCCUCCAAAAAACCGGCCGGUUUGUUACGGAGGCUCAAGUAGGAGGUCUGUCGUGGAAUGACCACUUGUUUGAGGUGCGAAAGCUGCUUUUGGACUUUCAUAACAACCAGUGGGCCAACAGUUUCGGCCUCGCCGCCAUGCUACAUAUAAUCGGCCAAGGUGUCCCCUCGACGGCCGUGAUGGAUGCAUUUAUCGACAUCGACGACACUUCAGUCUGGACGAACAGCAGCGUACCUGGGAGAGCGACGCCUGACCUACGGAUCCUGCUCGGCCGAGGAAUGGUCAACGCUGACCUCCCAGGCCAGGGCUAUACGAAUAAAUUCCGCGACAGUCUCUACGGCCGCCGCUUCAUUGUCACGUUGUUUCACUUUCAUAACCCGCAGCACUGGGUCGCUGCUGUUUUUGACAGGGUGGCUGCCACGCUUCUCAUCUUCGAUACAUUACGCGACAACCAGCGCGAGGCAAGAUCACGGGCAGCGGCAUUAGCCUGGCGGGAGUUUGGUGUUAAUCUUGGUUUUCCCUGUGAUAUACACGCCGUCGCCCCUCCCCUCCCAGCCCAACCUAGCGGCUGGGAGUGCGGCUACCUCGGCUUGCUUAACAUCUCCCUGUGUAUCCGCUCGCUCCUGGGGGUUACGAUCCAUGAAUGCCUACAGACGAAUCUGCAACAGUUCGAAAUAAUGGUGGACGAAUUCGAACAACCCAACAGGGUGCAAGGGUUCGGGGGUGCCUAUAUAUCCCUCCCCGAAACCCCACUCCCCAUCCCAGACUGGCAUUGCGGCGGGGGGAAUAAGGACGGUUGGAUGCGAGCCAGCACCUUCCUAUUCUCCAUAUUUGGGAACGAGCUUGGUUUUCAGACGAAGGACGACCUUGAUAUUCGUCUUGGAACGUAUGACGCCAAGGAUAAAAACCCCAUCUUUUUCGAGUUUUACCCUGGGUUUUUGGAAGAGGGCUGUGCCCUGCAGAUUGGUAAGGUUGGCAGGAGACGUUGGGAUGUCACCCAGAAACGCCGGCUCCCAGACCUCUACAAGUCAAGCAUUACCCUAAGGGCCGGCCUGGAUAACAGGACAAAGCCAAGGGCUAGGCCUGGCUGGAAGCCCCCUGCGGAGACAACAAUGUACCCGCAGCUAGUGCAAAAGUACAGGUUAACUGCGAUCGACCAAUUAUUCCGUCGGAGGGUAAGAUAA